UCAAGAUCGAUCAUCGUCGAUCGUUCGGAUUCCACGCAGCUGUCGGGCAGGCAUUGUUAUGGUUGUGCAGCUUCCGUCCAGCAUUCGGGUAAUACUCUUGCAGCAUCGUACCAAAAAUAAUCCACACCCCUGCGACGGGCUAAAGUGCACCAAUUUCCAACAAUACCAGAACGAACCAGGAUCGCGGCGCUGUCGUCCCAAGAUCGCUGAUGUGUGAAUAGGAUUUAAGGCUGAAAGAAACGAAGCCUGAUUUCUCGCUGAAUUAGUCGAGGGCCUUACAACUCCAACCAUCAAUACCAGAACACCAAUAUCGCUCCAUGUAGGAAGAAAUGGCUCCAUCCUAGUGGGAGGAGCCUGUGAAUAUUUUCACUUGACAUAGAAUAUGGCUUAUUUAUCACGGUUUCUCGCGGAACCGCAAGCGUCCUCUUGUGGAACCCAAGACCAAUUAAUUAAGAAAGGUCUCCUCAUCCCCGCCCAUUCGCUCGCCUCAGAGCACGUGGACAGAGGAUAAGGACUGACGUCACAGGGAAGUGGGCGCGAAGGGUCAAGGGCAGAUGACCCGCCACAUGUGACAGAAACAGAACUUCCUUGUGACGUCAGCAGCACCCCGCUCAAAACUGUACACGUGAUCAGAUUUCCCUGGGGUAGGCUGGUGGGAAGACCUCUUAAUCUCUCGGCCUUGGUGGAACCCUUGGGUUCCGGGGAACCCCGGUUGAGGAUGUCCUAAAUGCAAGAACCUGUAACGACGUUGCUGGCGGACGCAAGACAGAUGUAACAUAAGGUCACCGGUAGCCACAGUCUGAGUCCGCCGCAGCCUGCCAGUGUGCACCAGCCAUCGAUGACGUGUGUGACGAUAAGAGAGCCUGGCCCCGACGCGCUGCAGCAGCAAGAUGUGGUCACGGGUUUUCCUGCUGGCGCUGAUCCUGCAGGCGGCGGUUGCUCUGCUGCUGAGGAAAAAGGACUGCCCGCAGCCAUGCAUCCCGAUCGACAAAUGUCCGGAUUUGAUCAAGUUAAUUCGGACGAACGUUAGAGCUGUGCAAGAGGCAACGUGUGGCUUCCAGCAGGACAGUACGCCGCUGGUGAGUAGGCUACACUUACCGCCAAAGGUUUGCUGUCUUGCCUUCCCCAAGACGCCACUCGAUUUACGCUUCGCAUCAAGUUCUACCCCCAGCACCACCACCACCACUACCAGCAAGCCUUUGAUAUCCACCCCCAGCACCACCACCACCACUACCAGCAAGCCUUCGAUAUCCACCACCAUCGCCACGACCCGCGAACUUUCUUCCGAGAAUCCGCUGCUGCCGCAAAUGUGUAAUGAGCACUAUUCAGAAUAUUCUCCUACUUUUUUUCAAUCUUCUUUGCUCGACCACAGAAUCCACGGGGGCCAGACCCUGCUGCACCCCUCAUAUUACCCCUGGAUGGCUGCGCUCGGCUUCAGAAACGCCUUUACUGACAAGAUCGAUUUCCUGUGCGGGGGUUCAGUGAUCAACGAGCGGUACCUCCUCACCGCGGCCCACUGCUUCAAGAGGCAACUGGAGGUCGUCCGACUAGGAGAAUAUGAUCUGACAUCUGAAAUCGAUUGUGAGAUAAGCCCAACAGGCUUCGUUUUCUGCGCCAGUGAGCCAGCGCAGGACUUCGACUUUGAGGAGAUCAUUGAACACCCUGACUUCGGCAAGCGCGGUCUCUUUUCUGACGACAUCGCUCUCGUCAGACUCGCAAGUCCCAUCACAUUCAGUCUCAAAGGAAGCAGAACAUGAUUUCCUUAGCGGCUCUCUGGGAGUCCAGGCGAGGACACAAGGUGGCUUGACUCACUUUGGAUCGAGGGACAAGGCAUCUCAUCGGAGGCAUGUUAGUGGCUACACAUACGCCCUUCAUGUCCCUGUUCUGACUCAGCGGUAUUGCCACUCCCAUCAUUGUCUAUUGUCCCGAGCAUGCAUCAUGCAUGAAACCCCACAUGUAAUAGAUGCUUGCUUGCCUCACAGGUAAUGAAUGCUUGCCCGCCUCACAGGUAAUGAAUGCUUGCCCGCCUCACAGGUAAUGAAUGCUUGCCCGCCUCACAGGUAAUGAAUGCUUGCCAGCCCCACAGGUAAUGAAUGCUUGCCCGCCCCACAGGUAAUGAAUGCUUGCCCACCCCACAGGUAAUGAAUGCUUGCCCGCCCCACAGGUAAUGAAUGCUUGCCCGCCCCACAGGUAAUGAAUGCUUGCCCG